AUGAGGUCUAUUAUUGCUCAAAUGGCCCAAGCCAUGAUUACUCAAGCACAAGCUUCAACGGUUCAUGCCCAUGCUUUGACAGCUCAACCCAAUCCGGAUGUUUCUGUCCGUCCUAAUCAACAAGUCACUACUAUGGCUUCCUGUCUUAGGGACUUCACUCGGAUGAUCCCUCCUAAUUUCUAUGGGUCUAAAGUUGAUAAAGACCCUCAAGAAUUUCAUUAUGAGGUCUACAAGGUGCCAUAUGCUAUGGAGGUGACUUUAAGUGAGAUGGAUGAGUUGGACUCAUAUAAACUCAAGGAUGUGGCUCAAACAUGGUAUGGGCAAUGGAGGCAUAAUAGGUCGUUGAGGGGGGGUCCUUUGACAUGGGAGAUCUUUAAGGCGGCUUUUACAGAUCGGUUCUUCCCUAGAGAGAUCAGGGAGGAGAAAGUGGUAGAGUUUAUCAAUCUUCUCCAAGGAGGGAAGAGUGUUCAUGAGUACUCUUCAGAACUCGUUAAGUUUUCAAGAUAUGCUAGUUCUUUAGUCUACGAUCCUAGAGACCAACUAAUCAGUUUUGGAAAAAGAAUAGAGGAGGCAAGAGCUAUUCGAAAAAGAAGAGAUGCUAAGAGGGCUAGCUCAAUUGAUGGAGGCUCCUCAAUGAAUAGGCUUGAGAUAAAAGAUAAGCCUAAAUUUAAGAAGUGGGGUUCAAAUCAAGUCCCUUUCAAAUUCCCUACAGCUAGUGGUGAUAGAGUGUCUAACCCUACAUUAAAUAAAGGAGGUACUAAUUCAACACACAAGAAGCCAACUUGUGGAAAGUGUGGUAAAAAACACUAUGGUGAGUGCCUUAAGUGGACGGAUAAUUUCUUUAGUUGUGGAAAGAGUAGUCACAAAAUGAGAGACUUUCCAAACUUGAAGAGUCAAGACAAGAGUAGUGGCCAAGCUCAUCCAAGUGGUUCUGGUGAUGCUCCAAAAAAGAACCGCUUCUAUGCUCUCUCCUCUAGGGGUGAGCAAGAGACCUCUCCCAAUGUGGUGUCUUGUAUGUUAAACAUCGUUACUCUUGAUGUGUAUGAUUUACUUGAUCCGGGUGCUAAUUUGUCCUUUGUUACACCUCUAGUAGCUAAAAAGUUUUAUGCUUUACCCGAUAUUUUGCUUGAUCCUUUUCUAGUGUCUACUCCGGUAGGAGAGUCAGUCGUUCCUAAAUCAGUCUAUUGA